AUGCCUUGCGAUUUUCAUGAUGUCUAUUCUAGUUUCUUACCUGUAAAUACCUAUCAAUGGUCUUGUCCAAAAUGUUACUUCGACAAUCCUAUUACAAAUUAUUCUACUUGCGAAAUGUGCAAUUAUACAAAUCCUCACAUUCAUGAAAAUCUUUUCGUGUCUGAUUCAUCAAAAUUGAUCUGGAAAUGUCCGUGGUGCCAAUGGAAAAAUCAGGCAAGCAAUGCGUUUUGUGAAUCUUGUUUUCAAACAAAACCAGCAUUGGAAUAUAAUGAAUCGGAUUUUAUGAAUAGAGCAUUGAUUAAAUUAAUACCAAGAUCGAUUACUGCUCGUGAUCGUCUAGAUCCAUUUGAGUCAAGUCCUGAAACUAAAUUUCAAGAAAUAAUCACCUUAUGUAAAAAGGCAAAAACACAUUUUGCCGACGAUCAAUUCAUUCCAUCGAGUCGUUCUCUCGGUUUACGUUCUUUCGAUGAUGUUGUUCAAUGGUUACGAAUUUCUGAUACACUUCCAUUAUAUGAUAAAGCUCAUCAUAUCUCAUGGAGUGUUUUUUCAUCACCACACCCGAAUGAUAUUGAACAAGGUGCACUAGGCAAUUGUUGGUUAAUGGCAGCUUUAGCUCUAAUUACUGAACGACCUCGAAUGCUUGCACAUAUUCUUCUAACGCAAACUGUAAAUAAUGAAGGUGUCUAUUUCGUUCGCAUUUGUCACAAUGGUUUAUGGAAAACAAUUAUUGUUGAUGAUUAUUUUCCUUGUACGAGUCAAAAAUGUCUUGCAUUUUCUCAAGCUAGACGUCGUCAAUUAUUUGUUCCAUUGAUUGAAAAAGCAUGUGCAAAAUUAUAUGGUUCUUAUGAUAAUUUAAUCAGUGGAAGUAUGCUUGAAGGACUUCAAUUAUUAACUGGAGCGCCAUGUGAUUAUAUCGAUCUUCAAUCAUCAGAUGAAAGACUUGAUAAUGAUAUUAUCUGGGCUAAACUCGUAUCUACUUAUGAAUCAAAUUUGUUAAUUGGUGCAUCAUCUGGUCGUAAUGAUGUGAGUGCAGAAGAAUAUUCUCUUGUUGGUAUUCAAAACAAUCAUGCAUUUUCCAUCCUAGCAGCUUAUACUUUUUCUGAUUGUUCAUCUCGUUUUGUUCUCGUUCGUGAUCCACAUGCUCAUUCGAAUUAUACUGAUAAAUAUGUGACAUCAACUAUUCUUGAUCGAUUACGAUUGAUUAAUGAUACACCUCGUUCUUCAGGUGCAUUUUGGAUUUCUUGGUCAAUAUUUCUUCGUUACUUUUCAACAAUAACCAUUUCAACUUAUAAUGAAGAUCAUUUUGAUAUACGACAUGAAGGAAAAUUUACUUGUUCAUCAACACAACAUAUUCCUAGCUAUCGUUUUCAUAUUUCAGAAACAUCAUUGGUUAGCAUAAGUUUAGUGUAUCAUCGUCAUGACCGAAGGACACGUCCUUGUCAUACACAAUCAUUUGUUCUAUGUGAUAUUGAUGAAGAAUCAUCAUUUGAUGGUAUUGGAAAACAUGAAAAUAUCCUUAAAAGUCGUCAAGGAGGAUUUACCUAUUGGACAGGUUCAUUACGACCUGGCAAUUAUAUACUCAUACCAUUUUCGAUUAGUUUCUGGGGAGAAGAUACAAAAAACAAUGAUUAUACUCUUGUAAUUCAUUCAAGUAUUCCUAUUGAUUUGACUAUUGCUCUAGAACCACCGACACUUCUUGUUGAUUGUCUUAUUUCAGCUGUCAUAAAAAAAUAUCAUACUUCAACUAAGGAAAAAGAAAUGACUUAUUAUAUUGCACCGAAAAACCUAGCAUUAAUGUUGCUUAUUGUUGAAAAUCGGUCGACAAAUUAUCAUUUGAAUUUUGAUACAAACAUGAUUCAAUCAAGAAAUAUUCAACAUUCUCGACUUUCUUGGACUACUCAUGAUUGUAUUCCACCUUAUCAUCGUCAAUUGAUUUUUAUUACUGAAUGGACUGAUAAAUUUCAUCCAAUGAAUAAUUUCACGUAUAAUUUAACAUAUGAACAUAGUACUCAAAUAACCGGUGCCAUACCAGAAAUUGAUAGUUAUUUAGAUGAUGUUCACACACCACGGUUAUUUUGA